CGCAUUCGUAUCGCAUCCAAGAUGUCUUUCCUUGGCCCUAUCAUCCCAUGGGCUGCGUUGGGAUGCUUGCUUCUACUGUUGUGGAAGCUGGUGGGAAACUAUGUUCUCCGAUCGCCAUUGGAUGCGAUACCCGGCCCGACUCCACCGUCACUUCUCAAAGGCAACAUGGCGCAGUUGCAGGACCGUGGCGCCUGGCCAUUCCUCAAUCAUCUCACAAACGACUACGGGCAGAUUGUGAAAUGCACUGGGAUGUUGGGGAGACGCGUAUUAUGGGUCUUUGACCCGAAGGCCAUGCAUCAUGUCGUUGUUAAAGACCAAGACCUCUAUGAGGAGGCGCCGUCUCAGAUCACAGGACGCAGGUUGAGCACUGGCCCAGGCUUGUUGGCAACCCUUGGCGAGCAUCACCGCAAGCAACGCAAGCUUUUGAACCCUGUGUUCUCCAUCGCACACAUGCGCCGACUGACGCCGGUAUUCAAUGAAGUCGUGAAUCGCCUCCGCACAGGUAUCAAAAUGCAAUUGAAAACGUCCCAGAAUGGGGAGGUGGAUGUUCUUAAUUGGAUGGGCCGCGCAGCGCUCGAACUCAUUGGCCAGGGUGGCUUCGGACAUUCCUUCGAUCCGCUGGUUGAGGACGUUCAGAACGACUUCGCGGACGCCGUUAAGGAUUUCAUGCCUACCCUGUCUCGCCUCGUCUUCUUCCGCCUGAUGAUACACCUCCUUGACCCUUUCAUCGAACUCUGUCAACGGUAUCCCGCCCUCGGCGCGUUUGUCAAGCGGCACUUUCAUUUCGUGCCACACAGCAGCAUGCGGCACAUGAAGGAUAUCCUCGACGUUCUAGAGAGCACAUCCUGGCGGAUCUACACGGAGAAGAAGGUUGCACUCGAUAGUAACGAUGAGGGGUUGAAGAUGAGAGUCCUGGAAGGUCGAGAUUUGAUGAGUGUCAUGCUGCGGGAGAACAUGAAUGCCGACGCCGCGGACAGGCUGCCUGAGGAAGAGAUCAUUGCACAGAUAACGACAUUUACGUUUGCAGGCACCGACACAACUUCCAACGCAGUGGCGCGAAUCCUACACCUGCUCUGUCUUCACCCCGAUGUUCAAGAGAGGCUACGCUCUGAGCUGCUCGAAGCUCGCUCUCAAAACGGUAGUCAAGAUCUGGAGUACGACGAGCUUGUGGGCCUACCCUACCUGGAUGCCAUCUGCAGGGAGACGCUGCGCCUCUAUUCUCCGAUCGCAUUUGUGUCUCGCGAGAAUACACGAGACGUCGUUAUGCCCCUCAGCACGCCGCUCACGUUGCGCGACGGUACUUCAACUACAUCCAUUCACGUCCCGAGGGGCACCGCCAUCAUGGUCGGCAUAUACUCGUCAAACCGUAAUAAGGCGAUCUGGGGUGACGACGCUUGCGAGUGGAAGCCAGAGCGCUGGCUCGAGGACAAACUUCCUGACUCAGUCACAGAUGCGAAAAUUCCUGGGGUAUACUCUAAUCUGAUGACCUUCAUCGGCGGAGGCCGUGCAUGCAUUGGCUUCAAGUUCUCACAGCUUGAAAUGAAGGUUGUGCUUACGAUGUUAGUGACGUCCUUCCGCUUAUCGCUCUGUGAGGGCAAGAACGGCGACAUUGUCUGGAACCGUACUGGCAUCUCGUACCCGACUGUGGGCCCAGACGGCAGAAAGCCCAGCCUGCCGCUCAGAGCCGAACCAUUGGAGACUUAGUCGAGCGCCGGCGUAUACACCUAGCUUUGAGUGAGCUGCGGCUUCCCCCCUCUCUCCAAGACUUUUCCAAAGUAAAUACGGUGAUUAAUAUCGAAACA